UUCUUCAUAUGCUAGCCUUAGCUUGAGUUAGACCAAAGUAAGUUCAAGUUCUAGUUUAUUCUCUCUCAAUGGCACUUGCCAAGGACCGUAUGGAUUCGGUUCAAACUUGCGCCCUUUAUGGAAAUGUGAUGGGGCGCACUUGCGCCCUUUAUGGAAAUGUGAUGGGGGAUCUUUCCUCCUUGGGGCCUAAUUAUGGAUUUGAUGAAGAGGGAGAUAGGAACUUUGAGAAAAAUAGUGGGCUUAUGAUCAAGAAUUUAGCUAUGAGCCCUUCUCCUCCUCCUCUUGGCAGUCCAAGCAGUGCAAAUUCUGGUGAACUAGUGUUUCAGGCUACUGACAAUCAAGUUGAAGAAGCUCAUUCUCUGAUCAACUUCAAAGGUACCGGAUUUGAUAGUAUCAUGCAUGCUAAUGGAUCUUUGAUUAGCUUUGAGCAAAGUAAUAGGGUUUCUCAAACUAGUAGUCACAAAGAUGACUACUCUGCUUGGGAGGGUAAUUUGAGUUGCAAUUACCAGUGGAACCAAAUCAAUCCAAAAUGUAACGCAAAUCCUCGGUUGAUGGAAGAUCUUAAUUGCUAUCAAAGUGCAAGCAACUUCAACUCCAUAACCAACAGUGCUGAAAAGGAAAACCAUGGUGAUUGGUUAUACACUCAUGAAUCCACAAUUGUUACUGAUAGCAUUCCCGAUUCUGCAACACCAGAUGCCAGCAGCUUCCAUAAGCGUCCCAAUAUGGGAGAGAGCAUGCAGGCUCUGAAGAGGCAACGCGACAUUGCCACAAAAAAGCAGAAACCCAAGUCUGCUGGUCCAGCUAAGGAUCCACAAAGUAUUGCUGCCAAGAAUCGACGAGAGCGGAUUAGCGAGCGCCUUAAGAUGUUGCAGGAUUUAGUCCCAAACGGCUCCAAGGUUGAUUUGGUUACUAUGCUAGAGAAAGCCAUUAGUUAUGUUAAGUUUCUUCAAUUGCAAGUAAAGGUGUUGGCCACUGAUGAAUUCUGGCCAGUUCAAGGUGGUAAAGCUCCUGAUAUUUCUCAAGUAAAGGGAGCCAUUGAUGCCAUACUCUCAUCUCAGACUAAAGACAGAAAUUCAAACUCAAGCACAAAGUGAUCGGUCCAAGAAAAUCCAAGAAGAAAAAAGAGAAGUGAUUUCCAUGUGAUUAUAUCAUGUGAAAACAGUUACUUCACAGGCAAAGAAAAAUCUUUGUUUUGGAAAUAGGCAACGCUGGAUCUUGUAGCAAAUACUUCGUUUGUUUUCAUGUGGAGAUCUUGUAGAGUUGUAAUCAAAUCUUAUUUUCAUGAUCAUGUAAUGAAAACUGUGACUGCAACCUUGUCCCAGUUUCUAAA